AUCUGGUUGCCAUGAAUUUCAGCUAGCUAGCCACCGACAACUGUCAGUACACUUGAGUAAAACCAUCCAUGUCAAGACACAAGCAGGAUUUUCGGAGUCGUGUGCUGCUUCUGUGUACGUUGAGGAGCACACCAGCCUGCCUGCCAACCUAACGUUACUGUGAAUCGAUCCAGCUGGCUACGUGACUAGACCAGAUAACCUUGGCACCAUUGUGUGCCAGUUCAUUUCAAGACCGAGGGAUUUCUGAAUCCAGAAGAUGAACGGUCUGUCCAUACGAGAGCUAUGCUGCCUGUUCUGCUGCCCCCCUUGCCCCAGCCGCAUUGCAGCCAAACUGGCUUUCCUCCCUCCAGAGCCCACCUAUGCCCUUCUCCCUGACCCAGAUCCAGUAUCUGGAGCUGGAACUGCUCCUGGAUCCAGCUCCGGGGCUGCUGUGCCUUCUCUUGGAGCACCAGGACUGCGUUCCCGGCUCAACACUGGUAGUGGAAGUGACAGAGGAGGAGGCGGCGGCGGAGGUGGUGGUGGUGGUGGUGGAGGGGGAGGGGGAGGAGGAGGAGGAGGAGGAGGAGGAAGUGGUGGCAGUAGCAGCGGCGGCAGUGGCAGCAGUGGGAGUGAGGGCAGGUGGAAGCUUCAUCUCACAGAGAGAGCGGAGUUCCAAUAUUCACAGAGAGAGCUGGAUGUGACGGAUGUAUUCCUGACCAGAUCCAGCCGAGGAAACAGGGUGGGGUGCAUGUACAUUCGCUGUGCCCCCAAUGCCAGGUUCACAGUGUUGUUUUCCCAUGGCAAUGCAGUAGACCUGGGUCAGAUGAGCAGCUUCUACAUCGGUUUAGGCACGCGCAUCAACUGCAACAUCUUUUCCUAUGAUUACUCAGGCUACGGUGUUAGCACUGGCAAGCCCUCUGAGAAGAACCUUUAUGCUGACAUUGAUGCUGCCUGGCACGCCCUGCGCUCCCGGUAUGGCAUCAGCCCCGAGAAUAUCAUCCUGUACGGACAGAGCAUCGGCACGGUACCCACAGUAGACUUGGCGUCACGGUUUGAGUGCGCAGCUGUGGUCCUCCACUCUCCUCUCACCUCUGGCAUGAGAGUGGCUUUCCCUGACACCAAGAAAACAUACUGCUUUGAUGCCUUCCCUAACAUAGAAAAAGUGUCAAAGAUCCCAUCUCCAGUGCUCAUCAUCCACGGUACAGAGGACGAGGUGAUCGACUUCUCUCACGGCCUCGCCCUGUUUGAGCGCUGUCCCAAGGCUGUGGAGCCCCUCUGGGUGGAGGGUGCCGGUCACAACGACAUUGAGCUUUACAGUCAGUACCUGGAGAGGCUACGGCGCUUCAUCAACCAGGACCUGGCUGCACAGCAUGCCUGAGAAACAAACAACAGCCUCUCUGCGUUCGUAUAAAUGAAACUGUGUGCGUGAGAGAGUAAAUGAGGACGUCAGCAUGUUAUGUGUAUGAGUGAGAAAUUGACUUACAAAGGAUGUGUGAUUUUUGUCACAUCUGUGUGUCUUUCAAGCAGCACACCUUUAGGUUACUUUUCAACACAACAUAUGUUAGAAUAAUUUCCUGUUUUAAAGAUGAGAACCAUUUUUAAUACACCAUCCAUCUGUAUGGUGGAGUGUGGUGAAACACUAAAAACAAGAACUGAGAUUCAACAACUUCACAGAUACACUUUUUAACCCUGGAAUUGCAGCUUUAAAGUGGGUCACUCACAUGUACUAAGAAGUAAUAACAAUGUGCUUUGUGGAAAAAGGCGCACAGAUGUAGUUUUAAAGUAUGCUAGUGAAUGUAUGAGUCAUGGAUGCAAGUGUUGAGUGUAUAUUCAUAUCUGUAUGGACCUGUGACACCUGACUAAUGUGUGCACACGUUCGUAUGCGUGUGAGUGUGAGCGAGGCAUUGCAGAAAGAAAUGAAGGACAUCCUGAAAACUUGGACAGCUGCAAGCAGAGGAGGCUUAUGGAGACUUAUCAAUAUUGAUGGCUUUUUUUGUUUGUUUUUCUUUUAUGCGCGUGUAUGUAUGAAGAAUACCUCCACAGCUUGACCAGUUCUCUCACUGGUGGACAAACACUGGUCAGGCAUGUGCCGCACCCCCCUCCUCCUCCACUCCCUGUUUACCUGUUAAUGGACAUCCAUCUGACUGCCAGGGCAUUUCCCAAGUUGUUGUCCAGCUAACACUAACCUACUUUCUGUGUGUGGUUUGGGGGUCCAUCUCCUUUCCUUUGGUGUCAGUUAUGGUGAAUACACAAGGACUAGUCUGGAAUACUGUCAUAGCUUGUAUGGCUGUUGGGUAUCUCAUACUUUCCCAUAUUUUUUGACUCUGAUAAGAUCACAGAAUGGCCAGCUUCCAUUUCAUUUCCUGGCUGUGCUGUAGCUUUAGCCUUUUACUGUCCACAGAAUUGCAGCAGCAGCUUACGGGGAAUUAUCUUGAUUUCCCUACAUUGUUUUUUCCCAUCCAGUCCUACAUAUUUGUGAUCAAGAAUGACGGUGUGGUUGAAAUGGAAACAGGCCUUUGAGAGCCACAUCUCUGUUCACUUGGACAUGUUUUUGGCAUCAAUAGAACAGCUGUAGAAGUGCAGGUCUACUUAGUAUUUUCACGUCACAUUAGACCAGUUGGCUCUAAACAGCAGGUAGCCCUUCAGUGUUUACUGAUGUGUGAUGUUUAACGGUUGGACAGGCUGCACUGGCUUGGUAACCGCAGGAAUUAGGCAGAUUUAAAGGAGUAGUUCGAGAUAUUUGAAAAUGCGCUGAUUUGCUUUCUUGCUAAGAGUUCGAUGAGCUCUAAUGCAGAAGUGAUUGCACCCAGACAAGAAAUAAUCCAGCACACGACUCUGGGGACUUUAGAGGUGUGAGCAGGUGGUUUUCAUUACCUGCCCAGCCAGGUUAGCUGUUUCCCUCUGUUCCCAGUCUUCAUGCUAAGAUAAGCUAACCAGCUGCUGGCAGUAAGUUCUGUAUUACACGUAAAGGCAUGAGCAUCGUAUCAUUCUCCUCAUCUUCAGCAAGAAAACGAAUAAGCGUGUUUCCUAAAUAUGCAACUGUACGUUGAAGCCUGAAGUGCAGCUGUUGAGGAGGUCUGUGAAUAAUUUGUCUCUUCUGGUGAACAUACCCUUUUGGAGCGUGAUGCUCUGGCAGGAUUUGGAGGCUCUAAAGGUAGAAGGAGACAAAGUAGCUGCUCAGUUCACCAAACUAAUGAGGAUCAUGUUCGUUUUAUUCAGAAUGGUCUUUUUGCUUCAUCAAAAUCUCUUGUGUAAUAUUGAUUAACUUGUAGUCUUACAGCACAGUCUGUUUCCAGGUGUUGUUCCAGUAGCUCUCAUUACCACAGUUAGUCAGCCCCCUGUUCUGUUAUCCUCAGCACAUUUGUUUUUUCUGAUGUUUUAGUCUUGAUGUAAUUAAUCAGAACGUGUUUGAUGUAGUGUAGGGCCAUGGGUUGUUCGUGUCAGAACCAUGCGCGUCGACGUUGUGACUAACAAUGUGAUUCAGAUCGGGUGCCAGGACGGACAUCAUGCCUACUAGCUCUGUUCAACCUCUGUGGCCCUAAAUGUACAGGAGCUCUCUUAUGGGUGGCAGCACACUUCAUGUCUGACACAAGCCAUAUUUGAGCCUCUCACUGUUGGUGUGGUGCAGGUUCCACCACACACACACACACACACACACACACACACACACACACACACACAUUCAAACAAAACAUACACACACGCACACACACGUAAUACAUGUACUGUAGUACACAGUAUAUUUACACAUUUAUAUAUAUCAGAUCAAGCAUGACAAAAGCAGGUCUUAAGUUCAGCACUAUUGUACAAAGCAUCCAAAGUGUAAUAAGGGUAUAAAAUGUAAGUUUGUGUGUCUUCAUUAUUAUUGACUGUCUACUACAGGCCAGCAUUAAGGAUACUAACAUCACAUUUGAACAAGUAGUCACAGGCCCCAUGUGCAGACCUGAAAAAGUGCAAGAACUGGUUUUAUGGUUGCAUGCUAGCACCAUAUUUCAGAUGUACACAAGGUGUCUGCUCCAUAGAAGACUGAUCAGUUUCAGUGAUAGUAGCUGCGUUUUUUUUUUUUUUGUUUGUUUUUAAAUAAGGGAACAUUUACUGAACUAGCACUGAUCUGAUUACUCCAUUUUUGGAGUACAAGUGGGGCUUGGUAAGCAGUGGAAAGGUUACUGAACACCACUCGCUCUCUGUCAUCCAUUCGAACAGGGAAUCUUUCCAUUCUCAUCCUGUGUUUCGUGUCUCUGAUAUUUAAAUCAUGGACAUCUUUACCAUCUUGAACCAGGGAUCUGAGCUGUCAGAAGAAUUAGAGAGACUUGUCGCGUCUCUCUGAAAGUAGAAGUAGGCCUCAGUUUCUCCUGGACAGGUCGUGUUAUCAGGGAAACCACUGGAUCCACCUUUCUUUCAGGGUGGGGUUCAAGUAACGGGGUGGAAACUUGCCGUUUUAUUGAUGCACCACUAUGGUUGACGUAUAUUGUAUCCUCUGGCCCUGAAUGUUUAUUGA